AUGAAUCCGGAAUACGAUUACCUCUUCAAGCUCCUCCUCAUCGGAGACUCCGGUGUGGGAAAGUCAUGCUUGCUAUUGCGAUUCGCCGAUGACACAUACACUGAAUCCUACAUCUCGACUAUUGGGGUUGAUUUCAAAAUCCGAACAAUUGAACUCGAUGGAAAGACUGUCAAGCUCCAGAUUUGGGAUACCGCCGGCCAAGAGCGAUUCCGAACGAUCACCUCAUCGUACUACCGUGGCGCCCACGGUAUCUGCGUGGUCUACGACGUGACUGACAUGGAUUCGUUUAACAACGUAAAGCAAUGGCUGCAAGAAAUCGAUCGGUACGCUACUGAGGGCGUCAACAAGUUGCUCGUAGGCAACAAGAGCGAUAUGGCGGACAAGAAGGUUGUGGAUUACACAAUGGCAAAGGAAUUCGCAGACAGCCUGGGCAUCCCGUUCCUUGAGACCUCGGCCAAGAACGCUUCCAAUGUCGAACAAGCGUUCUUGACCAUGGCUCGCCAGAUCAAGGAACGCAUGGGAACCCAUACUGCCAAGGACAAACCCACGGUCCAAGUCAGUCAGGGCCAAGGUGUUCAGUCUGGCUCGGCUGGUGGUUGCUGCUAA